AUGCGAAGCAACCACGCCUAUUUCACAAUUGUAAUUCAUUUGGCAAUUAUGUUCUGCUAUUUCGUUACAUUUGUUCUGAUUUUCUACUUGCCAAAUCUAACCUUGGCUGGUUUAUGCUCAAACUGUGGGGAAACAAUAACAUUAGAUUCUUCAAAACCAUUGAACAUAACAACAUCCAGUUGUCCUAAAAAAGAAGCAGUCGGUUCAAUGUGUACGGGAUCAUUAUAUAUUAAUUAUGAACUGAAGAAUGGCUCUAUGGACUUGGGGAAUCUUCCUGAUUAUACACUGCUGAUGUCGAAUAGAGCUACAGUGAAAACAAACUUGACAAUGAUUUGGCUUGACAAAACUAGAGCUAUCCAUUCACUUCAAUCGAGUUGUAGUGAUAAUGCAGUAUGUAUACAAGAUGUGAAUACGACAUAUAACUUCAUGAAAAAUUUAAAAUAUGAAGAACUUCAUCAAAAACUAAGUGAGCUUUUGUAUGCAAGUCGAGCAGUCGUUGCCAAUCUCACAUGCUCUGAUAAUCAAGGACGAAAUGUGCUUUGUGUCAAUGGAUUUUGUCAAUUCAAUCGUAAAGAUCGAUUUACUGUCGAACGAAAAUGUGUUCCUCAAGGUGAGAUUAACAACCCAGCAGGUCUCAUAGUUGGAUCGAUCAGCGCGGGAGAACCAGAUUCUGAUGUCGCUUUUAUCUAA